AUGACAGAGGGCGAAGCGGUCUGUGUUCUCUGUAAAUUCCAUCGUCAGCCUUGCCUCUUCCAGGAAAAUCCGCAGCCGCGCAAGAAGCGGAAGAUCAGCAACGGAGGAUCCAACGAGGCCGAUGGCUCACGCGAACAGACGCGAGCUGUUCCUCCACCGCUCGAGAUUGCUGACGGGCCCGGCGUGUCUGGAAACAACGAGGUUCUGGAGCGUAGAGCCUCGAUCCGAAAGCACCAGCCCAUCGACGACUACGCCAACCUGAAAGGACCGUCGUUGCUUAAGAAAACCCUGGGACUGCAGAACCAUCGUCACAGCCGAUUUCUCGGUUCAACCUCAAUUUACGAGCAGGCGCUCUUGAACUCGGCCAACGCGGACGAGAACUUCGAGAUUCCGCUUGGCCCGACGGCGAUCCGCAAGGUUGGCGAAAGCACAUCGUUUCUCUUGCGCCCGGACGCCGGAACCCAGAAUCGGGACGAGGAGAUCGUCGACCUCGAUUCGAUAGAGACGAUCGUGGCGCCGCAUGGCCAGGCUCUGAUCAACUUGUACUUCAGGAUCGUUCACCCGUCCUUUCCUAUCCUUCACAAGAAGGUGUUCCUCGAAAAGUACCAGAGGACGCACAGGGAGUUCUCGCCUCCGCUGCUGGCCGCCGUAUACAUUCUUGCGCUCAACUGGUGGUCGUACAGCUCCGAUCUUGCUCUGCAUCCGAAACCAGACGUGGCGCAGCUCGAAAGGCUUGCCAUAAAGACGAUGAGCUACAUUGUCUUCCGGCCAAAGAUCUCGACAAUUCAAGCCGGUUUGCUUCUACUACAACGACCUGAAGGCGACUCUUGGGCUCUUACAGGACAGCUCGUUGCGCUGGGACAAGACUUGGGACUGCACUUGGAUUGCUCGAGGUGGAAGAUCCCGUCCUGGGAACGUGGUCUACGCAAACGCCUCGCUUGGGCGCUGUACAUGCAGGACAAAUGGGGCUCGCUUGUUCAUGCUCGCCCGUCGCACAUCACGCCAGCAGACUGGCUUGUGAAGCCAGUUACAGAGGGGGACUUUCCGGAGCGUGCCGCCGACGAGGACGACGAGGAGGGAAGCACAGAAGUGGAAAAGGGUCGGAUAUUGUUCUGCGAGAUGAUCCGGCUUACGGAGAUAGUCACGUCGAUACUGAGCGAAUUCUACUCGUUGCGAGCUGAAGAAGACAUCAGAGAACGAUCACAAGAGGGCGGCAGAUGGAUUCUGGAAAAGGCCAAGCCGAUUCAGCUUCGGCUCAGAGAUUGGUUUCAGCAGCUUCCGGAGUGCCUCAAGAUGGACAACGUCAAGAUGCGGAAGCUCAAUUCGGCAGGAUACCUCCACCUGGCUUACUACGGUGCCGAAAUGACACUGCAUCGCCAGAUCUUACGGUCUCUUGCCCACGAGCAGAAUGCAAACUUGAUUUCCAUCUGUCGGAGCGCAGCCCACACCCGACUGACGACCGUCAUGGACUUUGUGCGAGGCCUCCGCGCCGAACACCUGCAGUCGUUCUGGUAUUCGUCCUCAAAGUAUUGCUUCGCGCUCGUCGGCUCGUUCAUAGGCUUGCUUUGGAUCGGUGCCCGCUCAAAGGAUGAAGCGGAGGCCUACAAGGAGAAGCUUGAGGAGUACAGGUGGACGCUGCGAUUGUCAAGCAAGAGCGCCGAGUUCCUCGAUCGCGCCAUCGGCCAGCUGACCAAGUCCACGGGCCUGCUCAUGAAAGCGAUACCUGAAAGCUCGCGACCGCCCGCUUCGGCAACCGGUUCGCCCAACCCGGCGGUGGUGGAAUCGGCGAUGUCGCAUGCGGACGAGGACGAGGACGAAGAGUGGACGGGAAACGACUACAAUUCCGCUGAAGACACGAUGUCGAUGCAGCCCAGUCCGACGUCGUUCUCGGAGAACGGCGCGGCGAUGGAGAUGCUCUGGCCAAACUUCGGGUCAUUGAACGGCGCCUCCUUCGCCAUGCCCGAAACGCAGAUAGCAGGCGCCGCGGGGUUUUCGAUGCAGCCGUUCACGGGCAUAGGGGACGAUUUUGACGUGCCGACGGCGUACCAGCCGCAUUACGGAGCGAACGGCACGGCUUGAUUGGCUCGAGUACGUAGAUGCUCUUGAGAAAGACGAAUGACGAACAAGAAACUGAGCAAUGAAAACGAAACCUGUAUUUGAGAAGCGCUUUUGCUUAUCAGUUUUCUGUUCGUACGUAUGUACGUAGUCGGACCUAGGAUGACAGCACUCCACACGUUUCGCUCCUGGCUCUCCACUGCCAGCCAGCACCUGUAUGCAUAUCUUAGAUCAGAGGAGGGUUUAGAAACAGUGCGAUGGUAUGCCUUGCCGCAGCACUCGGCGAAACUGGAUCGUAUCAGAAGAUGGCCACGGCAUUCGGUGGGCUCGCCACGCC